CACGUCGCGCCGCUGAGGGGGCGGAAGCGGCUGCCGGGUCGGGCAGGAGCUGAAACAGAGCGAGCGCCCCCCUUCCCCCUCGCCAUGGAGUAUCUCAUCGGCAUCCAGGGCCAAGACUACGUGCUCGUCGCUUCCGACACUGUGGCGGCCUCCAGCAUCGUGCAGAUGAAGCACGACCAUGAGAAGAUGUUUAAGAUGAGUGAGAAGAUCUUGCUCCUUUGUGUUGGGGAGGCUGGAGAUACUGUCCAGUUUGCAGAGUACAUCCAAAAAAAUGUUCAGCUCUACAAAAUGAGAAACGGAUAUGAAUUAUCGCCUACUGCAGCAGCAAACUUUACACGCAGAAACCUGGCUGACUACCUCCGGAGUCGGACUCCUUACCAUGUCAACCUCCUCUUGGCUGGCUAUGAUGACCAUGAAGGUCCUGCCCUUUACUAUAUGGAUUAUCUUGCAGCCCUGGCUAAAGCUCCUUUUGCAGCACAUGGAUAUGGUGCAUUCCUAACCCUCAGCAUUCUUGACCGCUAUUAUAAGCCAAGUAUCUCACGUGAGGAGGCAGUGGAACUCUUAAAGAAAUGUCUAGAGGAGCUCCAGAAACGUUUUAUCCUGAACCUGCCUUCUUUCAGCGUUCGUUUAAUUGACAAAGAUGGCAUCCACGAAAUGGAUAACAUAUCCCUUCCAAAAGCGACAUCCUAACCCCGGGAUCGUUCCGCAUCAGUCUCUCAGUUUCCUUCAGGUCUUUUGUUUUUCUACUCAUUUGAAGUGCACAAUUCAUGUACUGCAUUGGGAUAAUUCAAAUAAAGAUUGACAUUUAUAUAGCCA